AUGGCGUAUCGCACACAACCGCAACACGAUCCCUACAGCCCCUACCCCGCCCAGGCCUACCCUGACUAUCCCUCUACCAACACCGCUGCAUUUGCCCCGGACUACCCGCCUGUCGCGCCCCAGCAGCAAUAUGCCUCCCCGAACCAUGGCUACUACCAAGACUACGACGCGCACUCGAACUGGGAGACCAAGUCCACCAAGUCCUACCAGAGCAGCUACGGAGCCUCGCAGGCCCAUCUAGUGCAAGGCUAUCCUGCAGAUGCUAUCCCCCCUCUGCCGCCGCUGCCCUACCAGACCGCGCAGCUCAACUAUCCGCCCAUGCAGCAGAUGCACCCGGGCGCGGGCUGGUCUGACGUCCGGGAGAAGCUCCUCAAGCAGCGUGUGGUCAAGCAGGCCCCUUCGUUCAUUGUCCCGAAGGGCAUGGACGAUAUCGAGGAAAUGACCAAGUUGCGAUACACGGCCGCGACCUGCGACCCCGACGACUUCAUGCGCAAGAAGUACACCCUGCGGCCGUACCUCCAGAACCGUCACACCGAACUCUUUAUCGUUAUGACUAUGUACAACGAGGACGAGCCGGAACCGCUCAAGAUGUGGGGCCCGAAUGGGUGGCAGAAAGUGGUGGUGUGCGUCGUUUCCGACGGCCGCAGCAAGAUCAACAAGCGCACUCUCCAAGUCUCGCCCUCAUGGGCUGCUACCAGGAAGGUGUCGCCAAAGAUACCGUCGGCGGUUCACCUCGAACGUCGUCGUUUCGGAGAAGGGGAGAUCUCGAAGAGCGCUUGCCCCGUCCAGGUCAUCUUCUGCUUGAAGGAGCAGAACAAGAAGAAGCUGAACAGCCACCGUUGGUUCUUCAACGCUUUCGGACCCCUCAUCAGGCCCAACGUCUGUGUGCUUCUGGAUGUUGGAACUAAGCCCACUGGUACAUCUAUCUAUGACUUAUGGAAAUGUUUCGACAAGCACUCGAACGUCGGUGGUGCAUGUGGAGAAAUCUGCGUCGAUACCGGAAGGUUCUGCUGGUCUAUUCUGAGGAGUCCUCUGGCGGCCUCCCAGAACUUUGAGUAUAAGAUGUCGAACAUCCUCGAUAAACCCCUGGAGGCACGUGCCAGUUCCCAACUCAGUGUGCUGCCCGGUGCCUUCAGCGCCUACAGGUACAGGGCUCUCCAGAACGGCCCUGACGGCAAGGGGCCAUUGGCGUCAUACUUCAAGGGUGAGACGAUGCACGGAGGUAACAGUAAUGCGGGUCUAUUCGAACGUAACAUGUACCUUGCUGAGGACGUAUCUCUGUUUCGAGAUUGUGACCAAGAAGCGCGAGGGCUGGAUCCUCAAAUAUGUGAAGAGGCAAAGGCCGCAACCGAUGUCCCGAAAGUCCCUGAGUUCAUCUCUCAACGUCGUCGCUGGCUGAACGGCUCCCUUUUCGCCACUGUGCAUUCGACCGUCUUCUUUUGGAGGAUCUGGACGUCCGGACAGAACCCUAUUCGGAUGUUGCUGCUCCAAAUCGAAUUCAUCUACAACGCCGUCCAGCUAUUGUUCACGUGGACAUCGCUGGCGAAUUUCUACCUGGCUUUCUACUUCUUGGUCUCUUCGGCAACUUCUGGCAAUGGUUCUGAGGACGCUUUCUUCUUCCUCAACAAAGGUGCCGGUGUUCAGGUCUUUGAGGCAUUCCUGAAGCUCUACAUUGCGCUCAUCUUCGUCAUCGUGGUAUGUUCACUUGGCAACCGUCCUCAAGGGUCCAAGUGGAUCUACGCGUUCUGCAUGGUGCUCUUCGGAUUCUGUAACAUCAUCACACUCUGGUGUGCUGGUUACACAGUCUGGCUCGCGGUGCCUCACACCGUUUCUGGAUGGGAAGACUUCCCCAAACUCAUCGAGAACAACGCUGCAUUCCGUGACAUUGUCGUUUCCCUGGCCGCCACUUACGGUCUCUACUUCGUCGGCUCCUUCAUGCAUUUGAGCCGUGGCACAUGUUCACGUCCUUCAUUCAGUACUGUUCCUCCUCCCGAGCUAUGUGAACAUCUUGAUGAUGUACGCAUGUGCAACCUUCACGAUGUCACCUGGGGUACCAAGGGUGACAACGGUUCGCAAGGAUCUCGGUGGUGCCAAGAAGACGUCGAUCAACUCUGGAAUGCAUCGCGCUAUGCCCUGUCUGUGAAGCCCCCAGAGCAGAAGGAGCACCGAGACGCCGCUACCAAGCAAGCCGAUCAUGACCGCAACAGUCGUACCAACGUUGUGCUCACCUGGAUCGGCACCAACAUGGUUAUGAUCCUGGUCUUUACUUCGUCUGCCUUCUCCGACUGGGUCGAUGAGCACGUCAGCCAAGGUGGCGACGACUCUACAUUCAACCCAUAUCUGACUUUCUUGUUCUAUGCCCUUGCUGGUCUCUCCGCCAUUCGUUUUGUCUGCUCGGCGAUCUACCUUAUUAUGCGCCUGUUUGGGUUCUAA